UGUCAGGUGGCAGCUUGAAAGGAAAAGUGCAGGCGUCUAUGAAGAAAAAAGAAUAUGAGGUGGAGGUGCAUGUAGAGGAUCAGGAGGUGACGGACAGCAGGUGUACAUGUGCUGUUGGUCUAGCCAAGUGCCACCACAUUGCAGCCCUCCUCAUUUGGGCGGAGAAGAACAUGACCCGGACGGAUGUGGAGUGUGUGUGGAGAAGGCCUACAGCACCCAAAACAGAGGACGUUGUGGCCAAGAGGCUGUCUGUGAUGGCACCUUCGACAUCAAAAGCUGGAAUUAAGCGCCCAGUGACCGAAGAAGACAAAGGCUGGACAAGGCAGUCUUUGGCGCAAUUUGGGCGUUUCACAGGUCUGGGCUUUAUUUUAGCCCCAGAAAUACAUCAGGAAUUUGACCCAUCCCUACCAGAGAAACUAUUUGAUGGGAUACUGGCCAGUCAGGAGUACAGCGAUGCUCAAGACAAAGAGGACUUCAUCAUGACGUCUCUUGCUGUCAGCCAGCAACAAAAAGAAGCCAUCGAGAGGGCCACAGUUGGGCAGACGAGCAAUGCAUUAUGGGCAGCAUAUCGCAAGAAGAGGAUCACAGCGAGCAACUUUGGUUUGGUUUUGUCUGCAGUCAGAAGACAGUCUUUCCCACCUUCAUUGUUCAAGACACUGCUGGGAGAAUACAACCCCAAACAAGGAGCUCGUGCAUGUGAUUGGGGAAUCGUGCACGAGAAAGAGGCCAAAAAGAAGUUCAUGGAACAAAGUGGGGAGACCAUCCUGGAGAAGGGACUGUUCCUGUCUGACAGUGGGCUGCUUGGGGCCUCCCCAGAUGGACUUCUACUGUCCAGCAAUUACCUUGUGGAGGUGAAAUGCCCAUAUUCUGCCAGAGAGAAAACAAUCGCUCAGGCAGCAGAGGCAAAGGACUUUUACCUGUACGUGGACCAAGUCACCGGGCUAUUUAGGUUGAAGAACACCCACAACUACUGGCAUCAGAUUCAGGGCAACCUGCACCUGACAGAGGCUACCACCUGUCAUCUAGUUGUAUGGACAACUCAGGACAUGGCCAUUGUAGAGAUUAAAAAAGACCCAGCCUGGGUCAGCAAUCUUAAGGUCCUGGAAAAUUUUUACAAGGACCAUUUUCUGCCCCGUGCUCUCUUCAAUAACAAAUAAAUGUUAACUUAUUGAACUUA